AGGUCGGAGCGAGCCAUCGCAAAUUCGAAACCACCGAUCGGGAGAUGGAGGGGUACUCAUCGAGACUCAUGAUUUUCGUAGUCUCAGGCCUUCUGCUGUUUUUUCGACCAACUAUUGGGAUUAGGUUUUUGUUGGAUAGGGAAGAAUGCUUGACUCAAUCAGCAGAAUAUGAAGGAGAUACAGUUCAUGCGUCCUUUGUCGUGAUUAAGUAUGAGGGUCGGGAUUAUAGUGAUGAUGGCGUGGAUCUUGUGGUUAGAGAUCCCGAUGGAGCUCAAAUUUAUGAUGUUCGUAACAAGAUAAGUGAAAAGUUUGAAUUUGUAGUUGGGAAGAAGGGUCACCAUCGCUUCUGCUUCACCAACAAAUCCCCAUAUCGUGAAACUAUAGACUUUGAUGUACGUCUCAAUCAUUUUUCACACAUUGGCCAACAUGCGAAAGAUGAGCAUGUUGACCCUUUACUUGAGCAAAUUGCAAAACUAGAGGAAGCUUUGGACAGCGUAAAGUUUGAGCAGCACUGGUUGUUUGCUUACGCAUAUCGCCAACUUCUAGUUAAUAAAAGCAUGAGCCAGAGGGCCAUUCACAAAGCAAUCUUUGAAUCAGCGGCAUUGGUUGGAGCUAGCGUGCUGCAAGUCUAUCUUUUGCGUCGCCUCUUCGAACGAAAGCUUGGCAUCUCAAGAGUUUAAGGCUUCAGUGCAUUUGAGUUGUAUCUUAAAGAAUUCUAAAAGGAUUCAGUCCAUGGAUGUAUUUGUGGAUUGAAAUCAGAAAUUUUUUUAAGCAUGCUAGAGCAAGUUUUCAAGCAGUAAGAAACAAGUACCAUAUUAUGAGUGCAAGUACGGAAACAACUUUCUAUUCCUAAAAUGCGGU